UCCCUUGCGCGCUCAUCAACCUCUCCCUCCUCCCAUCUCUAGCUCCAUUGCUGCUGUCCGCUCCACCUGUCGCCUUACCUUUCCCGUCUCGUUUCUCUAUUAUUGUCACCCUUCCUUUCUUUUCUUUUCCUUUCAUCGACGUCCGUCCUCUUCGCUCCUUUCUUUUCCUUUCUACCGCCGACCUCCAUCACUGCCGCGUUCCUCUUUUAUAUCUUGCUGCUUCGUCCCUCGUCCGCCGGAGUGGAAUACUUUUCCGAUUCUCACUUUGUAUUCUUUGUACUGGGAUUAUUCCUUCUGUAUCUUCAAACACUUGUUCCUUUUGUUUCAUUAUAAUUUGGAGUUUGGCUUCUGGAUAGUUUAAAAAUGCAACUUUUGGGGGAUCUUUGCGUCUGGCUAUUCUGGGAUUAGACUUUUCUUGUGCUGCUUUCGUUCUAAAUAAUUAGUGGCAUAAUACAGAAGGUUGAAGGAAAAAGAAUGGAGAGCAUGAUAGCAAAUUGCUCAAUCCCAAAGGGUGGGCCUAUUUAUAUUCCGAAUCUCAUUAGUCCUCUCACCACCGUGCCGGAGUUUCAGAAUGUGCUUGUUCAACAGCUCCAGGAAUUAGAGGCUGAAUUGAAUUCAUCUCAGCUUACUGAUGCUGAGGAAAUUUGCGUCGACGACCUUAAAAUUCUUAAGGAGGAAGAGUUAGUAGAAAUGGCUCUUGAGGAAGCCUUUAAGGUUGAUGAGCAUGCUGGCAAAGCUGCGUUAGGCAGUGAUUGUAGAAAAUCUGGAAAUAAACAUGAUCGUGUAAAGGGCUCUGGAUUGAAGAAUGCUUCAACUUCAAUCGAGUCCACAAAUGGGCGUCCUCCUGUUUCUGAUGUGGAUGGAGUUGCAAUGGAAAAGAAAAAAGGCUCAAAGAAGCAAAAGAAAAGGAAAGCGAAUAAGCAUCUUGUUGAAAAUACUUAUUUCAAAAGGGUGGAGCAACUUGCAAAAAUUAAGCAAAAGCAGGAUGACGACAAAGCAACAGCAAGGCUACAUUCUUUGAAUGCUGUCUCCAAGAACAAUGAUUGUGCUAUUCCAUCCUCCGACAAAAUUGAAAGGAUGAAAUCCCUCCGGUCUAUGAAUUCUUCAGGAAAGGUGAAGACACUGGAAGUUGAGGAGCACAUACCAGUGUCAUACCCAGAAGUUGUUCUUUGUGUUGAGGUCUACCAUAACAAACGGAGAUGGUCAAAGAUCCAAGAGUUCUUGGUUCUGGGCCAUCAAACCUUGACUGAACUCAAGGACAAGAUAUAUUGCUUGACAGACCAGGUGAUGCAGAAGGCCGGCAAGCAUGAUCCUUCUGGAUAUUUCCUUAUAGAAGAUAUAUUUUUCAAUGAUUUGAGAGAUCCCUCUGCUAUAGAUUACAGUGGACCUAUAUUUGAUUGGCUCAGAAACUCUAGGGAUGAUGCUCUUAAAAAAUGGGAGAGCAUCAUAACUGGUGAGUUGCAACAAAAGCAAAGAGCAAUAUUAGGCAAUGUAACACCUUCAAAAUUGCCCAAUUUCAAAGCUGUUGACAUGCACAAGACACGGUUUUGUGACUUGAGGUUUCAACUCGGUGCUGGAUAUCUCUAUUGUCAUCAGGGGGACUGCAAGCACACAAUGGUGAUUAGGGACAUGAGGUUGAUUCAUCCAGAGGAUGUAGACAACCGAGCAGCUUAUCCAAUAAUCAUCUUUCAACUAAAACCGCGUGUUCAGAAAUGCCAUGUUUGUAAAAUCUCCAGAGCUACCAAAGUAACUUUGGAUGACAAGUGGGCCAGGGAGAACCCUUGUUAUUUCUGUGAUUACUGCUUUUCCCUUCUUCACUCGAGUGAUGAGUCUCCUCUAUAUGCCCAAUUUUCUGUAUACGAUUACGUACAUGAUUAGGCUGAUGUUCAGGUCUUCAUUGGAGGAAUAGUGGAUAAUAAGUAAAUACCAACUGCAUGUCUUUUAUCCCUA